GGUUUUGCUGUUACUGCACAGCAGCAAGCUUAGGUUUUAUAUUUAGCCAUCGUGAUUUCAUUUCGGAUUUUGUGUCGGCUAAAUAAUACUUGUCUGUUCGGAGAAGGGGAGGGCGCGUGCGUGCGCGCGCGAGUGAGAGAAAGAGAGAGGGAGAGGGAAAGAGGACGACGGAGCUCAGCUCGGGAGGAGAAAAAAAAUACACACUCACACACCGGGCCGGAGGAGGGGACGAGGACAGAGAGAGGGGGGAGUUCACUCCAAAUGCUAUCCCUUUAAAACAAGGGGGACACGGCGGUGGGGGAAGAGAGCGAUAACGGCGCGGAGAAGACGGGAUAAAAAAAGAAAAGGGAAGAAAGAGCGAGGGCGGGAGGGAGCGCGUUACAAGGGAGUGUGUGUGAAAGAGAGAGAGAAAGAGAGAGAAAAAAAAGAAAGAUGUCAUCCUCCCGAUUGAAAUGCCGAGGCGGAGCCAUGGACCGCGACCGACGAAGCGACUCAGCAGGCAGGGAUGAGAUUUAACGCGACGCCGAGGCUCGCUCACAGACAGGCCCAGAGGGCGAAACCUUACCUACAAUAAAAUAGGCUGAUUUAUUUUUCUCCCAUCCCAAGCGACUGCUGAGUACAAAGCCAACCUCAAACUCAUGAUUAUUUUAUUUGUUGUUUUUUUUUUGCAUGAAUUAUUUGCACAUGACUGUCUCACUAUUCCAGCUGCAACAAAAAAAGCAUUACAUGUAAUGUAUUAUAUAAAGCAUGAAAAUAUGCCUGUUUUUAAUUUUUAAUCUGCGAAAUGUUCGUUUUGAAAGUUUUUGGAGCAAUUGUUAAUAUCAGCUAGCUAGAAUGUUAUUUUAAAAUCCAGUCACGUAAUGUAAAUUAUAUAUUGUUACAAAAAAAAAAUCAUAUAUCUGUGAAAGGAUUUUAAACCGACUUCCGCCUCAUUAAGCACAAAUCAGGGGGAAACCUUUUUUCCUUUUAAGAGAAUUCACUUCAAAGAGGACCUAAAGGUACCUCCGACGUAACUGGUUCGGGUAUCGUCACAUCCACGUCAUUUCCGUCAUCGAAUUCUUCAAGAUGGACGCUGCUUGGAGCAAUUUCCUCUUUCAGACCCCGCCUCCACAGUCACAAACUGAGAGCACCCUCCAAUCAGACCUUCUGCCUGAGCUAACGGACGCGCCCCCGGACCCGCCCACCGAGCACAUAGCCCCGCCCCCAUCCACAGUGGACACGGCGGUGCUGAAUGAGGAGCCGGAGCCUGAGCCAGUUAAGCCUGUGUCUCGGCCUGCCCGGCCCGCUCAUAUCUGCUCCAUAUGUAACAAGCAGUUUAAAAACAGCUAUAACUUGCGUCGCCAUCAGUCGGUCCACACUGGAGUGAAAAUGAAAGACAGAGCAGCUCGGGAGAAGGUGGAUGCUGGGAAGGCGGGUCAGAGAGUAGAAAGGCAAACCAUUCCUCUCUCCCUCCUUCAGCUGUCCAUUCCUGCCCCGAUCACAGUGGCUACAGAUCCCAUGAUCCACCCAUCCCCCAUCAGCAAUCAACAGGUGGAGACUGUCGCUGUAUCUAUCGCUCCAGCCACGGUUGCCAUGACAACAGCCCAGCCUCUCCCUGCUGCUGUAGUGGUUACUGGGACAAUGGUGCAGAUCGGAUAUUCACAGCCCAUGAUGUCCGAUGAUGUGUGUUUGAAGUCAAAAGAAGAUUAUUUUCAUGCUGCGCCGACCAACAGCACCGGAGAGAAUCCGGGCCUUACCAGCCCAAUUCAGAUCUCAAUCCCGAUCGCAAACCCACACCCUAUUCCUGCUCCAAACCCCAACCCCAGCCCAAGCCCUAACCCCAACCCCAACCCCGUAAGGAAAAACCAUGCUUGUGAGGCAUGUGGGAAGGCUUUCCGGGACGUGUACCAUCUGAAUCGGCACCGGUUGUCCCACUCGGACGAGAAGCCCUACUCCUGUCCGAUCUGCCAACAGCGUUUUAAGAGGAAGGAUCGGAUGAGUUACCACGUCAGAUCUCACCAGGGAGGUGUGGAAAAACCAUACGUGUGCCCUCAUUGUGCCAAGGGUUUCUCACGGCCUGAUCAUCUUAACAGUCACGUGCGGCAGGUGCACUCCACAGAGAGACCCUUCAAGUGUCCGACGUGCGAGUCUGCGUUCGCCACGAAGGACCGACUGCGCGCUCAUAUGAUCAGACACGAGGACAAAGUUCCCUGCCAUAUCUGCGGCAAACUGCUCUCUCCUGCCUAUAUCACGGAUCACAUGAGGGUCCACAACCAGUCCCAACAUCACGUGUGCCAUUUGUGCAACCGCAGCUUCACCACACUGACGUACCUUCGUGUCCAUGCUCAGAAACACCACGGGCAGGAGUGGAAAGACAGCAGCAUGGGUCGUGGCACAGGGCCCGGAGGGGUGCUGUUGUGCCAGCUGUGUGGGGUCCACUGCAAAACUCCCACCCAGCUCCAGGGCCACAUGGCCACACAUGCCAACCAGGCAGACCCCACGGUACCUGAUCCUAUCAGCAGCAGCACUUUAGCAGGCACGGUUUCCACGGCCACCCCUGUCACCAGCCCUGCGGCCACCGUCGGCCUGCUGGUGACUGACUGCUCUAGCAUCGUUCCCCAGAGCCACAGCUAACCCCAGGCUACAGGGGCAGACAUGGGGAAGGUCAAGGGGUGGUUAAAGCACAGCUGUGAAUAGGAACAGGCUGUUACUUGGAAUGAAAAAAGAAGAUUUGAAAACUUUGUUCCUUCCUCCAUCUAUGCUGCCUCAAAGCCUACAAGCAGUCAGCAUUGACCUGACUGACUUUUUAACAGCAAGUCGAAAAACUUAAGAAAUCAAUCACUCAAAUCAAGCGCCCACAGACU